GAAGUUGGUAAAGAGGAGAGAGAGAGGUGCUGCUUCUUAGUGCUAUGCCUGCUUCCUCCAGUUUCCCUCUGGAGGAGGAAGGUGAAGGGGGCCCCUUUGCAGAACUUUCUUACAGAUGGGGGCUGGUGGGUAGGGAAUAGAAAGACUGCAAAACAGGAAUGCAGAUUCCAAAGGCUCCGCUUCAAAAGUCCAUUGCAGCAUUCAUCCUCAGAGCUUUGGUAAAUGUUGAUCCAUCACAUUCCAGGCCCUGAGUAUCUGUACCUUUUGCUGCUGCUGAUUAAUCAUUUGCCUUCCUGGUGAUGUGUAAUUUGGGGAUAGGAAGCAAGUCAGGGCUGGCCGCAAUAUAUUGUGAAUCUCGGCUCGAGGGGUCUUUCCCCACCCCCUUUUUGGAUUCGCUGCCCAUCCAUGCAUUUUGAUUUGCGCACACAAUCUGCACCAUGAACUCGCCGGCAGCUUCAAGAUACUGCUGGCUGCUUCUCUUUUUCUUUCCCUCUGCAGCAAAAGGUAAGAGAGACAAGGCACUGGAAAGCUCAGGGGGAGGGCAUGAAAUCUGAAAAAUAUCUCACUGAGGUGAGUCCUGGUUAACUUAUUUACUCGUUGGGAUUCUCAAGCUCAAAGGAGGGAAGCUGUGAAAAGGAUCCCCUUCUCAGUCCCAUUCAUGUACAAUUUAUUGGCAUGGCAACUAUCAACCAGUGGAUCCUGAGGGGCAGCUCUUUGUGACUCAGAUUCAGGCUCCCGGAUCCCAGAGCCUUGCCUGCAAAUUUCCCUGAGCACCUGUUGUUUUCCACAUGUUCGUGGGAAAUAUAAAAUUAAGUGGCACGGAAAGUAUUUAAACGUGACUUAGCUUUCAUAGCUACCAAACGGUCAGUGGAAAGCUGAUUAUGCUCCCCCCCCACACACAACCCAUAGCUGUCAACCUUUCCCUUUUAUUGUGAGGAAUCCUAUUCAGAAUAAGGGAAUUUCCCUUAAAAAAAGGGAAACGUUGACAGCUAUGCCCCAACCCCAUCCUUGGAUCUGCUAUGGACUUUUUGCAGAAUUAAGGAUGCCAAAUCAAAAUGGGUUAUGAAAUGUAACUACUUGGUUGCUAUGAGCAUUCAAAUGGUGUGUUAUAUAAAACAACAAUCAUUUUAAUAACACAACAUAUUGGACCAUCCUAGCGUUUGACAAGAAGGAUCUUUAAACCCUACAAUUUACGGUGGCUUAAAUUGGAGAGAAUCCGUAUUAAGACGAUUCAGAUGUGGCACACCUCAACCAAAAUUAAAUACAUUUUUAAAGCUAUUGGCAACAGGGGGAUUGAAAAUGAUCAACUCUAACUGGACUGGGCUGAUUUCCCCCCACCCCCAUUAAGCUCUAUGGCUGAAAUUCUAAAUAUAUUUUAUGGAAGUCUCAUCCUAUUCAAAUCAUUGGAACUUACUUACCCGGUGUGGAUCAGGAAUAACAAAUGUCCAUUAAUAUCUGUAAUAGUGUCUAAGAGCAUCUUCCUGCAGACAUGGUAAUAUCUCAGCAAUGAUUGUUACCUCUUCUAUUUAAAAUAGGGGUGGGGAACCUGUGACCCUCUAGAGCCUGCUUGACUACAAUUGCCAUUAUCUUUAACCAUUGGCCAUGCUGGCUGGGGCUGAUAGGAGUUGGAGUCCAUAAAAACAGGGGGCCACAGGCUCCCCACACUCUAUAGGAGUGAGCAUAAUAAUUGCACUGCCCCUCCAGAAUAUUAUGAUACUAAUCAAAGCCUAUGACAGAUAAUCACACAGAACUAUGCUGAUCUAGCUGUUCCAUUUUCUGCCAUCCAGCGUGACUUUCUCCUACCUCUGUCCAGCUGUUCAUGGCAUGAGAAGGAAUUACAGUGCACAUGAUAAGAGCUUGAUAUUCCAUCCUUGGGGUGACAUAGGACCAAGCCACAUUGCCUUAGCAAAGGGGGGUUGUGAGGUUGGUGGGGAAACUCAACUGGUCAGUAUUCUUGGCGUCCAGCACCUCCAACAAAUUCAUCCCUUCCUUCUCACAUGGACCAGCUGAGACUCAGCAUCUUAUUUAAAAGUGUUCAAGUGACUUCAGUGUAGGACUCUUUUAUAGAGAACCUGGAGGCACCAUCUUUCAAGUCAGGAAUCCUAUACCAGUACCGCUACUCACUGGGUGGCCAGCUAAGAUAUCUGUCAAGGCCAUCUUUGCAAGGAAGCAAGCUGCAGGCUGAAGCUCUGGUUGAUGUGCAUCUCGUGUGGAGAAAUCCCAGCAAUGCCGGGGAGCACCUUCUCCAAGUCCAAGUUGGUGACGUCUUCAUCCUACAAUGGGUUUUAAACGAUUGAGAGGGGAAACACUGGUUUUCCAUUACUAACCAAAGCCGGAGAUUUCAUUAAGCAUGUUCAGAUUGUAUGUUUCUCCUGCUACUGCUGGGCUUCUAUUCGGCACUAGAACUGACAUUGCUUACUUAGAAUGUUCACCUAGUCUGACCAAUAACUCAGGUUGAUCUGGAAAUGAUCAUCCUCAGCUAACAACCCUCCCCGUUCCCUGCCAACACUAUCUGCACAGACGUCGAGCAAAGAACGUUGCAUAUUAUUUUAUACACUGCAAGCACAUAGUUGAACUAUGGGAUUCUUUGCCAGAAGGGGAGCUCAUUUCCACUAACUUAGAUGGCUUUAGAAAGGGAUUGGACAAAUAAUUAGCAUUGUUAUUAAAAGGGGAGUAGAGAAAUGCAGGUCUUUUUCCUCAGGCUAGACCUGAGUACAUAGAAUAACCAAUGGAUACUUCUCUUGGAGACCUGUUCUGUUUAUAGACACUUAGCCCCACUGCUUUCAGCUGGGAGAAGAGAGGGACAUCACUGUGUGGUGCAUUUACAAAUAACUUGUGGGAUGGGAAAGCAAGAGAGAGAAUGAGAAGGGGUGCCAUCUUGUCCCCUUCAGACCACCUGGCCCAAAGGUGUAACUCUGAAGGACUGGGGAGGUGGGCAAAAGUCUUAAUUUUCUUCUGCUCGUUUUGGGAUCUUAGAUGCAUGGCCUACAACUCCAUCAUGAUCCGGAACAAAGUAAGAGUCAGACGGAUAACAACAAUCAACCUGCCCAAGUUUCACUGAACACUACAGAACUGGAGCAGCCCGUUUUCCUGCAUUGGAAAAAUGGGAAGGUAUGUUAAUAUGAGGCAGACCUUUUGAGGUAAAGGCUUGCUCACUUUUCUCUCCAAUUUCAGCUUCAUGCAAGGUAGCCAGCAUCGCCAACAAGGAAGUUUAUACUUUUCAUUGUCAUUAGAAAGCAAUUAGUGGCAGACAAUUGUCAACGUUUGCCUAAGAGGAAGCUCCCUUCAGAAACCACAAGCACAGCUUUCUAUGGACUAGUGGCAGUGCCCAAGUAGUAUCAGGUAGUAUGCCAGGUAUUAAUACCACUAAUAAUGCAAUUGUGCAAGCCAAGGAGGAGAUGGGAGUGACUGUACUACCCAGCCUGCUUCAGCCAGAUAUAUUUCACAAUAAAUAUAGGAUAGAACUAAUAUUGCGUAAGGACACAACAGAAGCCUAUGCUUUCAUAUUCCGGUGUACAUUUUAAAAUGUUCCAGUUCUCAAAUAACUUUUUAUCUAUUUGUCUACCUUUUCUGAAUCUUACCGAAUUUCUGUGUUCCGGGGUACAGUGUCCCAUACCUAUGCAUAAUGUAACGAUUUUAUGCGUAGUGUUGCUUGUUGAGACUCAUGGAAUUGGAAGGCACCUCAAACAUAAUUUAAACCCUCUGCCAAUGCCAGGUGCAGAGGUGAUGCAAGCUUAUUUUGUAAAAGGGUAAUAAAAUAUAACAUGAAAUGUAAACCUAUUUUUCUUUCCCACAAAAAGAAAAUUAAAAGUAUAGGAUAGGGCUAAUGGUGACUACAACACAUUGAUAUUGACUAGAGGCUUGUAAAGGAUGGUGCUCUUUUAAUGCCGUAAAUUAAGUUAAUAGAACAUCUCAGCUUCACCCUUACUGUACAUACAACUAGAAUGUUCAGCAGCGUGAACAACACUUUCUGGAAGACAUGCAGCUGGCUAGAUCUGCUUUUGCAGAUAUUGAAUAAUUGGCCUUAUCACCCAGCCCAUUAUAAAUGUACUGUAUUGGCUUUAAAGCCAUGUAUCCUUGGCUCGACAACCACCACGCUGAUGGGAAGGAGAGAGAAACCAGAUUAUAAGGUUUGAAGCCAACGACACACAUGAAACCAUGAGAUGCACAAGGCCAUGAUGUCUUUUUCAAAUGACACAGGUUCACAUUAAACCAACCACACUAUGGGAAGGUUCACACCUGCAUUUAAUGGAACUAGAGCUGAGCCAAAAAUGGUCAGACUGCAUUUUUCUAAAAGCAUUUGAGACUCUCUCUCUCUCUCUCUCUCUCUCUCUCUCACACACACACACACACACACACACACACACACACUCAUUCACAUCCACAACACAGAAAAAGAAUGGUACUCUGGAGAAUUUUCUUCAAACACUUUUCACUAUUUUCUUUUGGGCAUGAAGCUAGGUCACUAACCUUUCUUCACAAUCCCUUGGAAUGAUACUAGGUUCAGGGAGUUCAAAAUGGUGACUAAGUUGCCACUGCUGAAACUUGAAGUGGGAAACACCGGGGUUGGGGAGGGGGUAGAUAGGAAAAAAUAAGUUGUUCUACUGCCACUGCAGGUAGAAAACCUCCCUCUUGAGAAACCACUGGAGAAUUUCUCCUCACCCUGGAGAAAUUUGGUGGAGUACUUAGCCCACCUACUCACAAAUUUCAAGAGGUCGUCUCCACACAGCUCUGACUUAAAUGCUUGAUAAUUAGCAGCUGAAGUGUGUGGAUUGAGUUUGCUGGAAAAGCAUUCUGUUUUGAGGAGGUGCGUAAGUUCUAUCCGUGGUGUUGGACCUGGGAUGGCCUGUUCACCUCUGAGAGUCACAAUUCAUCCUUCUGUUGUCUGAAACGUUGUCUGGGAUACUCCAAAGGUUCCCGUCAUUGCUUUGAGUUUGGGGCAAGUUUCAUGGAACCAGAUUUUCCUACCAUUCUUAUGGGUGCCAAAAGAAGCAGCAGCAGCAGAUUUUCCUACCUCAUGCUGCUGUUACUCAUUAUCAAACUACUGAUAGCCCACGAGGAAGAGAAAUGAUGACCAUUUAGUUCAUGCACCUCUUUCUGCUAUCCUUGGUCACUUUUUUCCUCAGAUUCCCUCUCACCAUGGCCUUGCUUUCACUUUGCAGGUUGAAGGCAUCUAUGAAGACCAAGCUGGAAGUCCCUUAACUUUGGAGCUGAAGAGAGGCCUGGUCAGCCUUCUCCAGUUUCAGACCCACCCUGGGACAGUGACUGAGGUAAAACAAGGCUCUUUCUUUCUUUCUUUCUUUCUUUCUUUCUUUCUUUCUUUCUUGCCACUGCAGCAGCAAAUAUCCUUUUACUCUUAUAUAGUGUAGUACCUAGCACCUUUUACGUCUUCUAAAAAGUGCUCUCACCCGCCACAAAAUAAGGCCAAUGAUUAAGGAAGCGCCAUGAGGGUUUAUUUCAUUGUGCCUCAACUUCAUAAUCGGCCAGUUCUGCUCAUGUAGCCACUCCACUUUUUACGUUUGCAAAAAAUCAAACACCAAGUGCUUUCAGCAUCAAUAAAGAGCGUUUGUGCAUCUUGUGUAAGAAUCAUGGAAUUUGGAAAACAUUCUCCUUGCCCUUUUGCAAUGGUGGAUGGGAGCUGGAGGGCCACAGAUCCCCCACCAUUGUUACAGAUGAGUCAACCCACCAGAAUCCCAUUUAUUGCAUUGUCUGGAUGGAGUCUGCAGCAUAGUCAGAAAACAUCUGAUCCAGCCAACUCCAUCACUGGAAUAGUAAAAAAGACAUUUGAACCAAACACAGGACUAAUUUAGCAUCCACUAUUCUACUCCUAAUUUUCCCAUUUAUGUUGUUCAGGAUGACAUUUCUGGGAGCUGCCCAGUGACCUACACAGUCUCCAAGGAUUCUGUUCUGAAGACAAAAGACCUACAUGGCUGCAAAAGAACAAAGUUUGGAUUCAGCUCUGUUAACAAGGCAAGUUUGAUAAUUGCAUCUCUAUCCAUUUUCCAGCUUUCUCUAACCACUUUCAAAAUACCAGUCUAUCCUGCGCCUGAAAAUUAGUGGGUUUUGAUUUCAAAGUCCAUGUAGAACUACUUUUCUUAGGCUGAUUCACUGUGCAAUAUUUGAUGACUGCCAUACAUAGAGUGCACAUUAAGUUCUCUCUCUCCCUCCCACAUGUUUGACAUUUUAUCAGGUUUUUAUAUGUGUUGGAAGCCACCCAGAGUGGCUGGAGCAACUCAUCCAGAUGGGCGGGGUAUUAUUAUUAUUAUUAUUAUUAUUAUUAUUAUUAUUAUUUGCACUGAGGCAGCAACAUUAUUUUCCCAUAGGCAACCACUUACUGGGGUCUGACUUCUCUUUGGAGGAAAACCAUUGGAGGCUAAUGACACUUUAUAAUAUUUAAUAGCAAAUGGUUGAUUUUAGUUAUCUAGUUACCUGAAGAGGUGGAGCCAGGGUCUAGUGAGGAAAUAUUCAUCUUCUUUUUACAGAUGUUUGGAGUCCUGUGGCAACCUGUAAGUAAAAGUCUUUAUUCCAUGGAAGGACAGCUCCUCAAGUCCGCAUUGUCCGAAGAAAGUCAUACAAUCUCUCUAAACCUGAAGUCUUCCGUUGGAGUCGAUAUCACCUCCAGGUUGGUUCUGCGCUGCUACAUUCAGUUGGCCUGGCACACUGGGGGUGGCAAAUGGUGCCUUCUUUGGUCAGAAUUAGAAAAUGGAGUCCUGUGGAAUCUUGAUUUCCUUGGAGUUGAGGCCAGAGUAUGAGGAGAAACCUAUAAGCCCCAAACAAGUGGCAACAACGUAGUAUUAAUGGCCUCCUCACCAUUUAUAUCCCAUGUUUCCUUCAAGGAUCUUAAGGUGAGCAUACACAGUUCCCCCUCCCUGUUUUAUCCUCACAAACUUGUGAGGGAGGUGAGGCUGGGAGACUGAUUGUCCCAAGACCGCCCAAUGUUAUUCAAGGCUGAGUGGGACUUCAACCCUACUCUUUCAGGCCCUGGUCCAGCACCCUAACAGCACUGUCUCUCCCAUUUGCACAACCUGCAAAAAACACCAAGGAGUUCACCUGAAUUCAUAUCUGUUUCAUUCAACCACAGUAGACCACUGUGUGUCUGGUGGAGCUGCUAGGAGGUCAUGGGAGUGUGGCCAAUGAGUGUUAAUGAGGACGUGCCCAAGUUGUUCUGGUUUUCUCCUCUUGCAAGGAUACUGUGGACACUUGAGUGUUGCAUUUUUACCAAUACUUUGCACCUAACUAAACUUAAAAGUGCCUUACUUUGGUUCAGAAGGGGUCCCCGCUGUCAUAAUUUCAAAUGUGAGUCCAUGCCACACAGUAAGUUAUGUUUGUGAUACUUAAAGAUGGAGGCCCUUAUCAACAAGUGUCUUUUCACUCCCCAGGCAACACCUUGAACUUGUGACUCAAGUGCCUGGAUCAAAAGAAUUACCUGGGGAAAGUCCUCAGGAAGCCCUGGCGGCUGUGCUGAGGAAACCGCAACCCAUUAACAUAGUGAGCGACCCUGUCAAGAGGACCAACACCCAGUACCCAUCUGUGAGUGGAACAGAAAACUUGCUUUUGUCUAGAUUUACCCAUUUUCUAUUUAAACUUCAGUGUAGAGGAGGCCCGAUCAGGAAUUAUUUAGAGCUUUGAGACCUCAUCCCUUGGUUUCUUGGUUCACAAGGUGUGAAAAUAGCACAUAGCUUGUGGAGACUGUUUGUCAGGAAGGAGUUCUGCAAAUUUCCGUUUUUGGAAUCUAUAUCAGCUUACACUGCUGAUAUAUAUUGUUAUGAAGGAGGAUGUUUGUGUGUUUUAAUUUCUUUCUUUCUCUCUCUCUCUCUCUCCUCCUCUCUCCCUUUUAGCUCAAAACCUACUUGAAAACACUGGCUAAAAAGAAACGCAGACUGGACCUCUCUGAGGCAUCAACCACUUGGCAUUUUUGCAAAGUUGUCCAGAUGUUGCGUGAUGCCAAGAAGAAAGACAUCCUGCUGUUGUUGAAGAAAGCACCAGAAGAGAUGGCGUAAGGAAAGAGAUGGCAGUGCAAAUGAAGAAUUACUCUUUCUCAAGAGUAAUUAUUUGUGGAAAUUAUUUGUGUAUUUAUUUUAAAAAUGAAUUUUUUACUCAGAACCUUCUAAAGGGAUGAGUCAGGGUGGUGUGCAACAAUUAAAAUCAGAUGACCUGUUUGCUAAGCACCUUUCCUGAUUUGUUUGCACACACUUUGUGGGGAGAUUCAAGGACACCUGCUAUUCGUUGAGCAUUUGUUCUGAUCAGUUUGCAGGAGGAAUUUUGUGGUACAUUUCUCUAUCCAAGCAAUGGAUACAAAAAAAUGCAUUUUAUUAGGGUAAAGUGUGCAUAAAAGUGAAUAUAGUAACGAAAGUAAUAUACAAUUGCAUUAUAUUAGAGAAAAUGGCUUUGCAGAAAAAUAAAUUGUUGGGCAAAACUGCAUGCAAGAACAUUUAUGUUAGGAGACAUUUGAAUGAAAGUGAUUGUUUUUUCAAUUAAAAAGCCCAGAAAAUUCACAAACAAACCAACAACAACAACAACAAACUGAUGUGAAAAUAUGGAGAAUGGAGAAUAUGGAGAAAAUAUGGAGCACUGAAGAAUGGAAGGAUGAGAAACUGAGUAAAACAAAAAUUGACAGAUUUGCCCAUCCCUUGCUGUCACACAGUGUGUGGCGCUGAUAUUAAAUUUUGGGUCACCUGAUGUCACAUGCCCAUCUAAUUUAUAUCACGUAUCUAUAAUUUGCACCUGUCUUGUUAAUCCUGGGUUCUCUGCAGGUCUCUUCCUUUUCUUCCAGCACACCUGAUCCUUUCUCUCCACCCCUUCCCACCUUUUAGGUCCUUCUACGUUGAAGCUGCAGUGGCUGCCCAUUCUACAGCUUCCUUGAUGGCCCUGUCCGAAUUUCUCAGUUUCGGGAGCAAAAAGAACGCCGCCUUGCUGGAGAAGUUUUUCUACGCUGCAGCCUUCUCCCCUCGCCCUUCAAAGGAGCUCUUGCGUCUGGUGGUAGUAAGUAGAAGGCACUGUGGCUUAUUUCUCUGGGCCUUUUCUUGCGCUUUACUUCACCCCUUUUAUUUAUGAAUGGAUGUCCCUGUGACGUAGGAUGGACAGAGAUUUAGAUCUGGGCGUAGUUUGACCUACCUACCUCACAGGGCUUUUGUGAAAUUAAAGGGGGCAGACUGCUCCCUUUUUUUGCUGCCCUGAGGAAGGAAGGAAUUUGAAAAUGUGAAAUGCAUGAAUGUGACAUUCUGGAAACCUAGAAUUCACUAGUGAUUUUCUUGGGCUUGUUCACACACCUGUGCACUGUACUUGAGUGCUCAGCUCAUGACAACUCUCAGGUGAAUGUUUAAGCUGGCUCCAUUGAAACAAGUGAUGUUUGAGUCGAUAUCCAUUGGUAGCAAAUAUUGGCAGUGAUUCAUCAGUGGUGGCUUCUUCAUAUUUGCAGGUUAACACUCAAGCUAGGGGUGGGGGCAUCUCUGUUCCAGGAGCUGAAUACAAGACUCUCUAUCUAGCCCAUAGGACUUUCCCCAGACCACACCCCCUCUCCCUAAGCCACACCCCCUCACGCCUCCUGCUUUGCACCCUCCUUAAGUGAUUAUGCCUAGCUGAAAGGCAUCCUUGAACUUAGAUAAGGACUCUUGCUUGUCUGGAUGGAGGAUACAGAGAGAUGUGUGUGUGUGUAGAAACUGGUGCACAAAAGAAAACAAUCAUAUUUGUUGCUCUACCUACUUUUGCUUCUGGCCUUGCCAACCAACGCUUCUCACGCACAUGUGAAAACCUGCAUGGAAGUCCGUGUUCGCAUAGGUAUUUUUGAACACGUUUUCUCACAAAAUAUGCAUCUCAAGCCAUCUUCCGAUACAUUUUUUCUUAAAGCGGCAGCUCAAAAGGCUUGUACAGUGCCAAGGAAGGCUGUGUUCUGAUCCUCCCAGCACUCCCAAGAGGUGUGGAUCAGGUCAUUCCCGACUGGAAUUUGCAAAAACAAAUAAAUCAAAUCAAAUUUCUCAGGCAACUCUAUGCUAUGACCGGUCUUCAUUCCUCUUCCAGGAUAAGCUGAAUGGAAAGAAACUAGAAGCAGCCACCUGGGAAACGGGGAAUAUUGUAAUCGGCAGCCUGAUUGGCAAGCUGUGCCAAAUGAAACUGUGUGGUCUUCAAGUGAGUUGACGCCCGUCCAGUGCCGUGUUCUACUCCCACCCACCCACACCUAGGAAAGCUCAGGUUGCGGAUGUUGUCGAUUUAGUGCCCACCUCCCUUUUUCUUGUGUCUCCCAUGUCAAACAAACAGGAAGUAAGACUUGAAGUAGACUCCAUCGUGCAAAGGCUCAAGAACACCAAAAAGGACUCUGAGAGGGUGAUUUAUCUGUUGUCCCUGAAAAGUGCUCUGCUCCCAGAAUCCAUCCCCAUCUUCCUGCAUUAUGCAGAAGAGGGCUCUGCCACGGUCUCAGCCACAGCCCUGAACGCACUACAGAGGUAUUCUGCACAGCACAUCUCAAGCACGGUAUGGCACAGUCUCCGUUACUUAAAGAGCAUUUCCCAAAAAUAUAUCUUCUUUUUUUUCUAUGUAAGCUUUCAUCAGUGAAACAUUCUAGGUCCUCUUGUGCCAAGAAGGGCUGGGUUUAUAAUUUGUCCACUGCCUGAUAUCCAACAGAAAAUAAUUUCACCAAUCCUCUGUGGUUUUUGGAAGUUCCUCCACUUCUGCUUGGAAGGUCAUAUUCCUCCUUCUUCUCCAUCUCCCCCUACUGGUGGGACCUGGAGAUAUUCUGAGGCUGGACUUUGAGACAGACUCCCCUUAUUUAGUGAGAGUCAAGGGUCACUUCCAUACCAUACAUUGCGAGCACUCUUAUAAUACUUUAGCAGUCAUGGUUUCCCCCAAAGAAUCCUGGGAACUGUAGUUUGUUAUGGCUAGGAGACCCCUUAAAGGUAAAGGUAAAGGGACCCCUGACCGUUAGGUCCAGUCGCGGACGACUCUGGGGUUGCGGCGCUCAUCUCGCUUUAUUGGCCGAGGGAGCCGGCGUACAGCUUCCGGGUCAUGUGGCCAGCAUGACUAAGCCGCUUCUGGCGAACCAGAGCAGCACACGGAAACGCCGUUUACCUUCCUGCCAGAGCGGUACCUAUUUAUCUACUUGCACUUUGACAGGCUUUCGAACUGCUAGGUUGGCAAGAGCUGGGACUGAGCAACGGGAGCUCACCCCAUCACGGGGAUUCAAACCACCAACCUUCUGAUUGGCAAGCCCUAGGCUCUGUGGUUUAACCCACAGCGCCACCUGUGAGGAGACCCCUUACAGGCCUACAAUUCCCAUGAUUCUAUGGGUGAAGCCAUGACUGUUAAAGUGGUAUAAGAAUGCUCUCAAUGUAUGGGUGUGAAGGUGACCACAAUUGGUAUAAACAUAUCACCCUUUCAAAAAAAAAAAAGUGCAUAUGGAAUAAUCCUCUUGUGACUGUACCACUUCACAAUGCAAUUAAGGAAUUACAUGACUAAGAGCAUGGGGGAGACCCCUACACAUAGAAAACUAGCAUGUCAGGGAUAAAAUUGUAGCUUGGGAAGGUAUUUGGUUUCAUGAAUGACCUCUGUACAAACCUAGUUGGUGAAUGUCAUGCUAAAAACAAACAGACUGUGUUCAAUUUCUGCGUUGCCAGGUUAAAAUGGCAAUGAAACGCAUAUUCCAUGAAGUGCACAGACGCUAUCCAAAAAUUUCAAGGCUGGCUGCUGCAGAAAUCCUGUUGAACAAUGAUCCCUUGCCAGAGGACUUCACCAAUAUCCUGUUGGCCAUCAGAGAACUUGAACCAGAAAUGUCAAGAUUUCUGCUGUCAAAAAUCCAAAGCAUCGUACACUCUGGUCAUCAUCCAACCAGGUAAAAAUAUCCUUAUAUGAUAAUAUUCAGUUUGGGCUUGGGGAGAGAUCAGAACAACCCCACUUUCAAACUGGCUUUUAGGAACAUGGCAGACAUAGGCAUUCACAGGGUGUGGGGCAAGGGGAGGCAGCACCAUCCCAAUGAAUCAUAAUCCCCAGAUUCUCAGCUUUCAUUUUUAGGAAAGUAUAAGGGUAGGACUCAGUGUAGCACUAAGUGAAUGUUUCUGUCAGUGAAAGGAUUUCUGCUUCUCCCCCUCUUCUUCCCCAGUGUACCUCAUAAAUAUAUUUUAGGGGUUCCCCUAACAAUCUGGAGCAAGUUGGGAGAGUGUGGGCGCAUGCACGAGAGGAAGUCCCAUUGCACAAGCAGAAAUCCUUGUGCUGACAGGAUGCGGUCGUUUCUAGCAUUUGUAGCACCUGAACUACAAGGCAAAAUGUACUAGCACUGUUCUUUUUUUUUAAGUGAGAAAUUAACCUCUCUGCCCACCCCCACCCCCACGUUGUGGGUGUCCAUGGUCACAGAUUUUCUAUAUUAUUCUAAGGAAUGCACUCCUCCUUCUCUGGAUUUACCAUAUAUUUCACAAAUGAAUUUAACCUCUUCCAAAAUGGCAGCCAGGUUCCCCAAAACAAGUUUACUCUCCUUUGCAGAUAUAGUCCAUAUCACACACACCUUCCUGGUUUUGUUUUGUUUCCCCCACAGGAAGGUUGCUAAAGAGGUUCUUAAUGACCCGCAGAUAAAUAAUUACUACUUCCUCUCCUCUGAAGCUGGCAGCUCCAUCUCCUUCUCAGGACCAGUGACAGGUAACUUUUCCCCCUCAUGCACUAGGCAGCCAUAUUUUCCUGCAUAUUCUGGGGCGCCACUGAAGGAGGGGCCAGACCACAUGUUCAGGCAGUUACUUCCCAUGUUGCCACACUUUUAUUAAAACCUUUGGAAAGCUGUUUGCUCUCUUCAUGCAAUAUCCCUUGACCGUGAUGUGAAGCUAUGUGUCUCUUUCUCGGAUCUCCCUUUCAGCAACCAAUGACACUCUCUCUACCAUUGGCCUGGAUCUCCUGUUCUCAGACAUUGGCAUUCUGAGGAAGAGCACCACCAGUUUCAAUAUCCUAAGCCAUGGCUACCAGCUCCAAGCAGCUCAGGUAUGGUGCUUCCUAUUGCGCCAUUGUGGACUUGGCUACAUUAGUAAAGAAAAAACGUUUUAUAUGCGUUAUGACACUGCGACACCAUGUGGCACUGUGAAGUCCCAUCUUUCGCCAAUGUGGCUUCCCACUUUGAAGUUUACAACGCGUUUUCAUGAAAUGCUUUCUACAUGUCUACAUCCAGCCCGUAUUUCAUUGUUCUGUUGUUGCUCGAGACGGUUCUGAAUGUUUUUUAGGUCUCUCCCUUGCCUUAUGGGCAAUGUGUAAUUGUCGUCCAAGCGUACCCUUUAAUUUUCAACGGAUUUCUCCCUCUCCCAAUUUUUAUUAGCGUUAUUCGUCAAUUUAUACAAAAAGAUGCGACCCAAUUUGCUUAGGCAGUGGCCCCCAUGCCAAAGGAGGAGGAGUUUCAGUGGCCAAUAAUGCUCUAGAAACCAAGGCAGGUGCUUGGUAUUUUCCUCACACCAGCCCAAAUCCUGAAGAUAGCUGCUGAGUGAUAAUUGGCUCAAUGUCAUAGUAGGAGACCUGCUUUAGGAUGAGGGGCCGAGGCCUUGCUGUGUGGUGUAUAGAAACAUCGUGACUCUUUUCCUCCCUUUAUUUAGGAAAAGGGAGCUCUCUUGUUGGGAACUAGGGCAGGGUGGGGAGUACACAUCUUUAAAUAUCUGAAAGACCAACUCUUUCCCUAAGAUAAGCGGGGGGAGGGGACCCUCUUGGUGGUUCCACCACCCUUAGAGGUUUAGGUGGGUGGUGGUCCAGGAGAGGGUAUUCUCUGUGACAGCCCCUAAAUUGUGGAACUGCCUCUCCAUGGAGGAACAACUGGCAACUUAACCAUACAGACUUUGGGGAAUGCUGAAGAUGCUCCUGGCCUUUGACACCUGAGACGUGCAUUUUCAGGGCCCGUCCUUUUUCAAGUGUGAUAUUCUUCACCCUAAGGUUUCAGGGCAUACAAUAAGUAAUAAAUCAAAAUAAUAGUAGUAGCAGCGUUAAUAACAAUAACAACAACAACAACAACAACAACGAAAGAGGAGUAUGUUCUGAAGUGGUGGUCUAGUGCUGCAGAAAAAGGAGUAGUCCUGAACAUCACACAGACUUUCCCAUCUCAUGUAUCCUAGGUGGCCAUAGAAGCAAAAGGAUAUGAGGGCAUCCUGGGAGGCAGCGCAGCCGACGGAGAAGACGAAUUAAUGGCCGGCAUGUCUGCUGCUCUGCUUGAUGUCCAGUUACGGCCAAUCACUUUCUUUGAAGGAUACACAGAUCUGAUGUCGAAGUUCUUCACGAGCUCAGGAGAACCCACAAAUGUGGUCAAAGGGAACGUAUUGCUGAUGGACCAUCUACAGGUACCAGCCCCUGCAUACCCAUGUACACUGAUGGCAUAGAAGGAAUUGUCAUGGUGGGACCAGCCCCCCCCCCUACUCACACCCACACACACCACGCUGCAUUUGUUUAAGCCAUGUUGGAACCAAAGCACCAAGAACAGGUCCUCCCAUGACAGUUGGUGCCUUCAGGUAGAACACCAAACGUUCCCAGUGCCUGCAGUUUGAUAUAUUAGCCUAAGGACAUCCACCCUUCAACUGACAACAUUGUACAUCUGCAUUAGCUUUCCAGUCACCCAUGUGCAUCAAGAGUACUGCUUAUGGGAAGAGGUGAAGAGCUGCACCCAUAAGAACAUCCCAUUGCUCCUGGUGCCACCACCUUUGGAGGCUAGCUUGGUGAGCUACAGGAAGCAGGACUUCUUUGUGUAGGGCUAUUUAGCGGGGCUCCUUGAUCAAGGGCUCUUAUUCAGUCCAGUCUUUGACCAUUUGCCAUGUUGGUUGAGGCUGAUGGAAGCAGCAGCCCAACCCCUGCUGGAGAGCACUACAUUUAAAUCCCUGAUUUAGAGAAAGAUGGGCUAGGAAUGUGAUUGCAGUUAUUACUGUUUUGAAGCAAUGAGCACCAAUUGUCCCCUGCAGACUAGCUGGAGGGGGGGGGACACCUGUACAGACAAGAUGUACCUUACUCAAUAGUAAGCCCCAUUGAUAAGCCCAUGAUAAGCGCUUGAACAAUCCAGUAAGUGAAUGUUACUGUGCUGCAUAGGCAAUCCCACUUCAGUCUGGUUUGCAAACUGUGAUCACUCUCCGAGGAGGACUUGGGUUAGAUGUUUCAGCUGACAUCAAUGUGAAUUUGUGGGAGCAGGAGUUCAAAUCAGGCGUCGAAACCAGGUACGUGUGAGUAAGAAGUGGAUUCAUCUCUUAAGUAUGAUAGACCCUUACCCAAUACUCUGUCAAACACUGGAAAAUUCGUAGUGUUAUCCCAACUCAAUAAAGCCCAUAAAAUGACUAUUUGAUUGUCCAGCAUUGCUCUCUGCAUUUCAAUCUCCAUCCCCGCAUGCAAAUUGCUGGACAUGCUUUCUAUGCUGGGACAAAGGUACAAUUCGGAGUCUGCAUUGCCCCUUAUAUCAACCAUGCUAAACAUGCACUGUUUCAGACCCAUCCCAGUUUACUUUCAUGUCCAAAAUGGCACCUCUGGUCUUCAAGCCAAAGCAGCCAGAUAUGUGUGUCCUUUGUUUACUGGGGCCAAGCAGUUGCAUCAAUGCUACUCAAGAGUCAUAGCACUUCAGAUGAUGACUCUUGCUAAGAAGUAGCAGACAUCAACUGUUUCAUUGUGGGGGGUACACCUGAAAUAACUGAUCAGAGACGGCAGGACUUGGUGCAAAUCAAGGUUAAAACCAGCUUUCCAUUGCCAACAAUAGUUAGCCAACUUCCUUGAAAAACAGUGCUCAUUUUCCCUCUCCAAUUACAGGGGCGCACUGACCAUUGAUUUCCAAGCAGAACUGGAUGCGCCAUUUUUUCAAGCCACAGUCAAAACCCAAACAGAAGUCGAAAUGGCCACAAACUUCAAUACAGCUGGAAGUGUUUCUACCAUGCCCGUGCUCAUGUGUCUGCAGCUUACAGAAGAAGAAGUCGCUUACAGGUGAGCUGUAGAUCUCAAGCACCUUCCAUAGCUAUGGAAUCCAAACCAAGGAUAAUGUCAAAUGUUCUCCAAUUUUACAACACCUAACUUUCUCCCAAGUCACAAUGGCUUCUCCAUAAGGGGCACUGGAGCAGGUGGUGUUCUUGACUCCCAUAUAUCCACACAACCAGAGCCCUGUCCAAGAAUGCAAAACUCAACGACCUCAACAUUAAGGAAUCGCUUGCAUGGAUAACAACCACCAUAACAGGUCAAAUACAGAGAAAAGUUCAACUCAGCAUAUCACACUUUUUGUGCUAACCAUUAUUCAGAGUCCACCUCAUAGUCUGAGCUUCCAAACAUAUAACAUACCAACCACAGUUUGGAGCAAGGGACACUUUUCAGUCCAAAGGCUGCAUUCCCUUUGGAUUACCCUUGAGAGCCACAUGGCCAGUCGUGCGUGGGGCCAGAGCAGUUAAUGUUGAUUAAGGCAGCUUUCUACACACAUAAGAGGCAUUGUCAGGGUUCAAGGAGACAUUCCAACCAGGCAAAAACACUCAAGGGGAAGUGUUGCUGGAGAGAAUCCAGAGAAGUCUGGGGGGCUGCAUCUAGCCCUCAGCCUGUGGUUUCCCAUCCCUGAAUUAUAAAGUAUGAGUUGGGCACAGUAGUGCUCCAUGUCUGUUGGCCAUCAUUGCUGUUGAUGGAUAUUGCCUAGAUUCUGUUGGUCAACAUUGCUGCUGGUUAAUACUGGAGUCUCUACCAAAUCCCUGGCCAAAGGCAUACCUAGGGUCCCUUGCACCCCCAGUAAAUCUGCCCCCCAAAUCACUUUACUGUGGUGCAAGAAGGACAGGAAGCUCCUCCCACAUUGCAUCUCGCUGUGAAUGCGGUGUUGUGUCACCACACGCAUAUCUAUCAUAUCCUCCAUAGUCUGAUAGGCAUCUGUCCUGAACCCCUGGCCUACCUGGCAGCAAGUCAGUUAUGUCAAGUCCCAAGGUCAAAGUCCGGGGGCCAAUCCACACAAACAGAGUCCAAAGGUCAGGAAACACAGUCCAAGUAAGCCAAGUCUGAAGUCCAGCAGGCAGAAUACAAUCCAGAGUCAACCCUGGAGGACCAGGAGCCUCCAAGCCAGGGCCCAACCAACAUGAGCAGUUGAGCAGACACAACACCUCAGCUCUGCUUCUCUUUUGUACUUUGCCUGCUGAUUUCAAUAUCUGAGCUUGACGAGGCAGGUGACCCUCACCUGUUCCAAGCCUACUCCAGCUGAGGAAUCACAACCCUCCUCCCAGAACUAGCAAGCCCCACCUGGCCACCUAGGGAGCUGGGCUGUGGGCCCUUGCCUGCCUCAGCGUCUGGGAGUGUCCCUCCUGCUGCUCGCUACACCUCAGAGCCUGCCGUGUUGAGUCCUGCUACUCUCGUUCCUGUGCAUGGACCCCCAUCCCCAUGCUAUCCUCCAUCACCCUGCGAGUACUUCCUUCCCCAUCUGCUGCUUGCCCUGGUGUGCCCCAGUCCCGGCUACACACCUUGCCAGGGUUCUCUUCCUCCUUCCCAUCGUCCUGCCAGUUCAUGAGAGUGCCUGUGGCGGGGACUAGUUUCACCAACCCCUAGGUAUGCCUCUGUCCCUGGCUACUGCAGCGCUUUGGUUCAACUAUGCCAUGAGCUUAGCUGCCACUUGGGCUUUGUAAAAAUGCAGAAGCAACAGGCCGAGGGAAGCUGGGAUAGCCUCUCCUUUUAGAGAGCCAAAUAUUUAUCGCCCUUGUCUUCAGCAACAAGCGAUAAUGAGUUCCGUACCCACCGUUUGAGCUGAAGCUGGUUCUCUUAAAAUAAAUCCGCCAUCUAGGAAGGUUGCCGGGAGGUUAAUGGAAGCCUUGGGCAAUGCCAGACUAAGGAGCUUUAAGAGGUGCUGCCCAAAUACAAAGAAUGCAGGCUUAUCUUUUACAGUGUUAUGGCGAUAAAUCCCUUCCUUAGGACCAUAACUACCGCAUCUUGUGCCAAGAUUGAUUUCCCACCAGACAUAACAUCACUGCUCUCUUGUGCUCUCAUCGAUAAAUCUUUCAUGGCUGCCUCUUGACAUAAAUAGACCCAGAGCAGGUUUCGGGUGCUGUGUAUGACAUCCAGCACAGAUGCACUUGGCAAUGUUCCCAGGCUUCAUCCAAGCUUGUGAGACAGAGCCUUUGCUUGUGUAGAAGAGAAUGGUCUUGGCAUAUCCGUCUAGUUCGGGGACAUGAGACAAACUUUGGGACAAACAGGUUUGGAAUUGGCACUAGGGAGAAAUCAGAACUAUGUCACGUCUUCCGCCUCUUCCAUGGAGGUCAUAUGCUCUCAGGUUUUGAUAUUGUAGAACUCAUUUGUAGAACUUCCCCAAGGGCCAAACCUUCAGCCUCUUUGCCUGACAUGCUCCUACAAAAGGCAAAGUGCAGAUAGGUUCCAAUCCUAUAUACACUAAUGGCAAGCUCAUUCUCCAAUUGCGGAUCUUUGGGCAGAGAAGGUAAAUGCGAUGCCAUCCACAUUGAGAGGAGAGCUUUCCUAAUUCACGCUUUCUAAACAAUACAGAAACUGAAACACAGCAUCCCAUACAAAAAGAAAAAAACUUCAGUGAUUUUUGCAAGGCACUUCUUCAGCCAAGUAAUAUGUACAAAUCUGUGUAAAAAAAAAUUAGGGAAAAUAACAUUUACAAGUGCCUUGCCAAUUUGAGUGUGAAAGGCAAAAUUUCAGACAAAUGUGGGUAUAUUAAAAAAAAAAAAAAGCACUGAUGAAUUUUCAGGAGGAGUUUUUGCAAAAUUGUAGAAAUAUGUAGAUUUGAAUCUGGGAAAAUGAGAACCUGAAAAGAACCAAAAUAGACACUCCUAGCCCUAUCCUGGAGUAGCCAAAACAGCAUCACUCAUGCACAAGAGAGUAAAAUCAGCAGGCAUGGAGGAACUCCCAAAGUUUGCAGAAAUACAACAAAUAUUUAGGGCAGAAACUUGGGGGGGGGCAUAAACUGUUCGGUAAGGAAUGAGCAAUGCUCAGUAGGAAUGGAAUAUUAACUGGGAGGAUAGAAUGCAAGGGGAGGGGGAAAUGGAAUGGAAUAUCCUGGGAGAGGGCAUGCACCUCUUGAACAUGUGCUUUCUAGGCACAGGGGAAGUGGAAGUGUCUAUGACCCCUUAAGCUGGUUGGCUAGGAUCCUGAACAAGAGCACAUUUUGUUGCAGGUCCCAUAUGUUGUAAAUUACUGGGAGUUUUUGAGAGUUUUCAAAGAUUCUACUUUUCCUAGUAUAUUUGCAGAGGAGGAAGGGAAACUGGGAAGGGUGUGUGUGUGUGUGUGUGUGUGUGUGUGUCUGUGUCUGUGUCCUGUCUAAAGGCUUAGUGAGGCUGCAUUCACCAUCUGAGGUGGGAAAAGUACAUUUUUAAGAAUCCCUCCAAAAACUAUUUCGUAAAGAUGUUAAGAACCAGCUAUUUUUACAUACAAUGAAUGUCUCCCAAAGCAAGUCUUCCGGGAGCGUAUAACGUGAAAAUAGUUUACCUGAAUAUGUUUUCUUCAGUACCAGUUGGUUUAGGUAAUAUUGUGGAAAGGUGGUAUUUUCAGGCCAUAGGGACAUAUCUAAAGUUACCGUAGUUGCAUGGAUGACUUGUCCUAGAGAAAUGUGGGGUUUUUUUGUAUGUCUGUACAUGCACUCAUUGAAAUCCCAGAAGCCAUCCUACAGAUACUAAACGCUAGGUCAGAUUGAUUUCACUGUUUGUUGGUUGUGGUUUUAUUUCCUCACAGAGAAAUCUUCUCAGUCUCAGAAUCCUCUGCAAAUCACAGCACCACUGUCCGCAAAGGGAGAUGGACCACCAUCCCUGGGCGUGAGCUUUCCUUUCACAGAUCCAACUCUGAAAUGUGCAGGAUCCUGCUUGCAGAGACAACGGAACAAUAAAAAGCAGCAUCCAUAUGUUGUCACCUUGUACUUGCUGUUCCUCUUUUCCCACGCACAUCUUAUACCUAGGCCAAAGUUUAAAGUGUGCAAGUUCCUGGUCCCUUUUUUCCACUUAUAUUCUUAUUCUGACAGAAGUUUUGGAUGGACCAAAACAGUACAUCACAGACAACCAGGUUGCAAAUCC